UUUCGGCUGCAGUUGAACGGUUUUAUUUUCCUGGUGACAUGCAGCAUCCCCAACAUCCGAAUUCCGGCUCGGGUGAAGGAAAUGGACAACUUUCUCUGGAGCCAGAUGGUGAGAAAGUGCCGAAAACGAAAUAAGAAGUGGGCAAAUCUUUGGCUUUUUUUUUUUGGGGGGAAAGGACAUUAAAAACCUCGACACUCGAGGUAAUGAGGUUACCGAAGGUUGAGGUUGCGUUUGGGUGGCUCGGUUGUCGGACCGGGCGAUAAGUUUAUAAAAGCGGCUCGGUGGCUGUAUCCGGAUCGACACACAGAACAGUACAGUGCGAGCAGAAUGUACCGAUCGCGAGGGUUCGUAGUUGCCGUUGGAUUGUUGCUCGUCGUCCUUUGCGUGGCGGACGUACGGGGUAGCUUUAGCUCGAGCGAUGUAAACACGUCAAAGCAGAGCUACUUUUUCGGUGCGAAAGGUGCGAGCGAUAUACUGUGCUUCUCGAAGACGCUGCUGAAGGGUUCCAUCAUGCCACAGGAUGUGUCGUAUACCAAUCCAACGGCGGAUAAGAACAUCAACUUUAUCACGCUGGCAGCCGACAAGUACUCGACGCACGGAUUCACGGCUGACAUUUCUAGCGGCAAGCUGGGCACGGUUUCGGUUACGAUUAAAAUCAAUGCCAAAUCGAUUCUGCCGUACGCCAUCGAAGUUAAGUUCUACUGUGUGAAGUAAUUUAGCGCGUAAUUAGAUGAAUUGUAUGAAGUAGUUACUGUGUUUUGGUUGGAUACGAAGGAAACAUUAGCUUGUUUGUAAUUAUUUUAAAAGAAUAAAUAACUUAUUUCAUUGUGUAAUUUAUUUGCUUAAAUUCUUGUAUUGUAUCUUAUCAUUUUAAGCUUUUUUCUACAUCCGAAAUGUUUUCUGCUUCAAUUUCAUUACUUGAUUUACAGAAGUAUGACCGUUCUUUAUGAAUAUUUUUUUAAUUUACUCUUAAAUUUCAACACAUCCCGAAGUUAAUUCACAUAAACCUGGUCAAGCUUGAGAUACUUACGAGAACAAGGACUCUCAAGGAGCAAAUAAUUAUGACAAGAAUAAAAUUUUAUUUUUAUGAAUUGGAACAUUUUUAUGUUUUUAU